CAUUGGCAUUAUACGGCCCCCAUGCACUGCGGCCUAGUGAACAGAUGAGCAAGAGAGGCCAUAUCUUUCUGUUUUCAGCAUAUAAAUAAAUCAUCAAAACGUAUAUACUUGACAUAGGCCACCGCCUACGCAAGACGGCAUACAAACCGAAGACAUGGCAUCACGGAAACUCAUCAGCUCCGGAUCGCCUUUCGAGUCCAAGAUCGGUUACUCGAGGGCCGUGGUGAGCGGCGAGUUUGUGUUUGUGUCAGGGUGCACCGGAUACGACUACAAGACUGGCAGCAUAUCCGACGACGUGGUCGAGCAGGCCGAGCAGUCCAUGAAGAACAUUGCGCUGGCCCUGUCCGAGGCCGGAGCCUCUUUGAAGGACAUUGUGAGGGUCCGGUACAUCCUGCCAGACCGCGCCGACUUCGCCAGCACCUGGCCGGUGCUGCAGAAGUGGCUGCGCGACAUACGCCCCGCGGCUACCAUGAUCCAGGCCGGGCUGAUGGAAGAGAUUAUGAAGAUUGAGAUCGAGGUGACGGCGAGGAAGACGGAGCAAACGACGCCCGAGGCAGACUUGUCCAGCUGGCUGUGAUUGACAGGAAAUGGAGUGCGCCAGUGAGGGAGUGAAGUAGACGUUGCCUACCAAUUACUAUAAAUUCAAUUACCUUAGUCAUCU